AUGGGCAGCGAUACAAGCGAAAGUAAUAACGACUGGAAGACCCAGUUGAAUAUUCCUAAAAAGGAUACGAGGCCUCAGACUGAUGAUGUGUUGAACACGAAGGGUCGUUCGUUUGAAGAUUUCUAUUUGAAAAGAGAACUUUUGAUGGGUAUAUUUGAAGCAGGGUUUGAGAAGCCUUCCCCAAUCCAAGAAGAAGCUAUUCCCGUUGCCAUUGCCGGGAAGGAUAUAUUAGCGCGUGCCAAGAACGGUACUGGUAAGACGGCAGCGUUCGUUAUACCAACUUUGGAAAAAGUGAAGCCCAAGUUGAACAAAAUUCAAGCAUUGAUUAUGGUUCCUACAAGAGAGUUGGCUUUGCAAACAUCACAAGUGGUGCGCACGCUAGGGAAACACUGUGGUAUCUCUUGUAUGGUUACCACUGGUGGUACGAAUUUGAGAGAUGACAUCAUGAGAUUAAAUGAACCUGUACACAUUUUGGUGGGUACGCCCGGUAGAGUGCUAGAUUUGGCAUCAAGAAGAGUGACAGAUUUGAGCGAAUGUCAUUUGUUCAUUAUGGAUGAAGCGGAUAAGAUGUUAAGUCGUGACUUUAAAGUGUUGGCGGAACAAAUACUUGGGUUCUUACCAGAACGUCGUCAACUGCUUUUGUUCAGUGCGACUUUCCCAGUCACCGUGAAAGAGUUCAUGGUGAAGCAUUUGAAAAACCCUCAUGAGAUUAAUUUGAUGGAUGAAUUGACACUAAAGGGUAUAUCACAAUUUUAUGCAUUCGUGGAAGAAAAACAAAAACUUCAUUGCUUGAACACUUUGUUCAGUAAAUUGCAAAUCAACCAAGCAAUUAUCUUUUGUAAUUCUACUAACCGUGUCGAACUUUUGGCUAAAAAAAUUACUGAAUUAGGAUUUUCUUGUUACUACUCACAUGCUAGAAUGAAACAAUCCGAAAGAAACAAAGUCUUCCAUGAAUUCCGCCAAGGUAAAGUUCGUACGUUGGUUUGUUCCGAUUUGUUAACUCGUGGUAUCGAUAUUCAAGCCGUUAAUGUGGUCAUUAACUUCGAUUUCCCAAAGACUGCCGAAACUUAUUUGCAUCGUAUUGGUAGAUCUGGUAGGUUCGGUCACUUGGGUUUGGCUAUCAACUUGAUUAACUGGAACGAUAGAUUCAACUUGUACAAGAUCGAGCAAGAAUUAAACACCGAAAUUGCUCCUAUCCCAUCUCAAAUUGAUAAAUCCUUGUACGUUGCGGAAGAUAGUUCCGCAGUCCCAAUCCCAUUCCCUUUGGAAUCCCUGCCAAUCACUGCAAAUGCUCCCCAACAACCUGCAAAUGCUGAACCGUUGCCUCCUCAACAAACUCAAGUGCAAUUCCAUGCUCCUCCUCAGCAGCAACAGCAACAACAACAGCAACAACAACAACAACAAUAUCAACAAUUCCCAAACCAACAACAACAGCAAUAUGGUCAGCCUCUAAUGCCGCAAAACUACCAACAACAGGCUUAUCCACCUCAACCUUUCCCAUCAAAAGGCUUCCCACAACAACAAUACACUCAAGCUCCUCAAUAA